CCUUUUAUUUUUAUAACAAUGUAUUGGAAACUUUAUUGGAAAGUUUAAAAUCACCAACUAGAAUUUACAAUAAAUAUUUACAUCUUUUUUUCCCAAAAGCUUUAUAUACCUUUAUCUUUAUACUGAACAAUGUCCGAGGAUAAUUUUAGUAAAAAUGGUAAUGAGACUGAAUCUUCAACUCAACUAGAUAUAGACGAUAGACCUCAAAAUAGCGAGACUGAUAGCGAAACUAUGUUAUCCAACGUAACAGAUAACGGCAUUAAAUCUACUGAUGAUGAAAAAAGAGAUAAAAUGAAUGAGCAGGGACACUGCUAUUGUGGAAAAGACAGGAAUCUUAAUAUUGUGGAGCUUUUGUGUGCAAAUUGUUCUAAAUGGUAUCAUGAAUCAUGCAUAGGUUACCAGUUGGGGAAACUUGUACCUUUUCUUUCAAAUUAUAUCUUUCAUUGUAAAAAUUGUUCAACCACAGGUCUAGAAACAUUCAGAAAAAGCCAAGCGCAAAUAACUCAAAUGUGUAUAACUGCAAUAGCCAAUCUACAGCAGGCCAGUGCAAAAGACGGAACUAAAAAAUACAUGUUUAAUAAAGAUAAAGAAAUUAUUCCUUACAUUGAGUAUCACUGGGAAGCACUGACAACAACUUCAAGGAGAGUGACUCAGUCCUGGCAUAUUACAGUAACCAAAACAUUGAUUAAGGAUAUUCGUGUGAUAUUUGUGUAUGAGGACAGUCCCGAAGGACAUAUGUAUGGCCUGAUAAAUACUGAUUUGACUCAUAUUAAACCAAAUUAUGAUGCAAUGAUAAAAGGUGGAACAUUAAAAGUUACUGAAAUGGGCAUUCAACAUGCUUCAGGGAUAAAGUCUAGGAAUACAAAAAGAAAAUUCCCUGGCGAAUUGGGUGGUCCAGGUAAAAAGAGCCGAAGCUUAGAUCUAUCCACUCCCAAAUUACCAGCUCACGGCUAUCCACUCGAUCACCCAUUUAACAAAGAUGGAUACAGGUAUUUGCUGGCAGAACCAGAUCCACACGCCCCAUUUCGACAGGAGUUCGACGAAAGUUCAGAUUGGGCUGGAAAGCCUAUUCCGGGAUGGUUAUACCGGACAUCCAUACCAAGUACAGUACUUCUAGCUUUGCAUGAUCGAGCUCCUCAAUUGAAGGUAUCAGAAGAUCGUCUGGCGACAACAGGAGAGAAGGGUUACUCCACUAUUAGGGCUACACAUUGUGUUACAAAAGGAUGUUGGUACUGGGAAGCGACAAUAGAAGAGAUGCCUGAAGGCUCGGCUACAAGACUGGGCUGGGGUCAGGAUUACGCUAAUUUGCAAGCGCCUCUGGGGUACGAUAAGUUCGGGUACUCGUGGAGAUCGAAAAAAGGCACAAAGUUUCACGAAUCGCACGGUAAACGCUAUGGUAAAGGUUACGGCGAAGGAGAUACAGUGGGUUUCAUGAUAAUUUUACCACAGAAUAAUACAACAAAACUUGUACCGAAUACUUACAAGGAUAGGCCUCUAGUUAAAUUUAAAAGUCAUCUGUACUACGAGGAAAAGGAUAACGUCCAAGAAAGACUAAAAACUUUAAUUCCAUUGCCUAAAAGUAAGAUUGUCCAUUUUAAAAAUGGCGAAUGCCAGGGAGUGGCAUUUGAAGAGCUAUACCAAGGGUCUUAUUAUCCUACUCUAUCUUUGCAUAGAAACGUAACUGUAUCUGUAAAUUUUGGACCCAAUUUUAAGUAUCCACCUUCCACAAAUGAAUAUAAUUGGAGACCGAUGUCUGAAAAAGGAGAAGAAGCAAUUUGUGAACAAACAAUGGCCGAUCUAAUGUUUCUUACAGAAAAUGAAGGACGCCUUCGCUUGGACAGCUUCGUGCUUUGACAUUAAUAAGCUUUUUCAGUUUCUUA